AUGCUGAGGCAGGACCUGCUGUUACCGAGCGACGACUGGUGGAAUUCCUCUCGAGCGGCCUUCUUGUGCCUUCGGGCGUCCAAGACGAUGCUGAGGCGAAGGUCCAGGAUUCAGCACAUCAAGAUCGAGGACCCGAAAGCUGUCGCGCUCCUGGAGACGGUCUUUGCUUCGCUGCCCAAGGGCCAACGACUGUAUCCUCUGACUCCCGCUGCCUACCGUUACCGCUGGAACAAGCUGAUGGCUGCACUCAGCGUUCCCUCUCACGCCAGGCUCACUCCUGGUGGCUUGCGUGGAGGGGGCGCGGUUUACAGUUAUCGCUGCGGCGUCGCUAUACCGGAGAUACAGUGGCGGAUGAGGCUGAAGCAUGUUCAGACCCUUGAGUUCUACUUGCAGGAGGUCGGGGCAGUUUCUGCCCUUACGUCCCUGGACGCAACCUGCGCUCGAAAAGUGCGAGCGGCACAUGGUGCAACCUGCGAGCGCGAGCUCGCCGAUCUUCGGCUGGCCCCCGAGGUGGGCGGUCUGAUCGUGUUGGGAGGUGGGGCAUCAUCUUCGCAGGAGGAACCUUGUCAGGCCUACGAAUGGCCUAGCGAAGCUGCAGCACACAUCCUGGGAACGCUGCAGUUCUCUGUGUGUGCACAGAAGCGAAAAGGGUCUGGAAAGACCAUUCGAGCCGAGGUUUAUACAACUCACACGGCGGCAUCAUCUUCGCAGGAGGAACCUUGGCAGGCCUACGAAUGGCCCAGCGAAGCUCAUGAUGAUCACAAUGUCAAUGAUCACAAUGUUACGGCAGUUGCACAUGCUGAAGUUCCAUCGGGCUCCACCGCCUCUCCUUUUGGAGGUCUGAUCGUGUUGGGAGGUGGGGCAUCAUCUUCGCAGGAGGAACCUUGGCAGGCCUACGAAUGGCCCAGCGAAGCUGCGGCCGUCAACGUAUUCGAUGUUGCUGAGGAGGCCUUGGAGGAAGACCGCCUCUUGGCGGAGGCAAUCCAAUUGUCGCUCAAUGAGGAUGAUGACGAUGAUGGCUCCUCGCAGUCUUGA